GAGUAAAACAAAAGUUCAAAAGUGAAAACGGAGGACCUUUUUUCAAAGCGAACUCUCCCGUAAGUGGGAACUGAAAACUCUUGAUUUUGUCUGGUCGGGAGCCAACAAGUUUUCAAAGCAAAAAUGGCGAAGACGCCGAUUGGGCUAGAACCAGUGGUGGGAUCUCUAACACCGUCAAAGAAAAGAGAAUACAGAGUCACCAACCGUCUCCAAGAAGGCAAACGUCCCCUCUACGCCGUCGUUUUCAACUUCAUCGACUCUCGUUACUUCAACGUUUUUGCUACCGUCGGUGGUAACCGGGUGACAGUAUACCAAUGCCUUGACGGUGGUGUUAUAGCUGUUUUACAGUCUUAUGUAGAUGAAGAUAAGGAUGAGUCUUUCUACACAAUAAGUUGGGCAUGCAACAUUGAUGGUACUCCGUUUGUGGUGGCCGGAGGUAUUAAUGGCAUAAUCCGUGUAAUUGAUGCAAGUAAUGAGAAAAUACACAAGAGUUUUGUUGGCCAUGGUGACUCGAUAAAUGAAAUCAGGACUCAGCCAUUGAAGCCAUCACUUAUAGUGUCUGCAAGUAAAGAUGAAUCAGUUCGGUUGUGGAAUGUUCAUACUGGAAUAUGCAUUCUGAUAUUUGCUGGAGCUGGGGGUCACCGCAAUGAAGUUUUGAGUGUGGAUUUCCAUCCUUCAGAUAUUCAUCGCAUUGCAAGUUGUGGCAUGGACAACACUGUUAAGAUUUGGUCAAUGAAAGAAUUCUGGACUUAUGUUGAGAAAUCAUUCACAUGGACGGAUCUUCCUUCAAAAUUCCCCACAAAAUAUGUACAGUUCCCUAUUUUCUUAGCUUCAGUUCAUUCAAACUAUGUAGACUGUAGUCGGUGGCUUGGUGAUUUCAUCCUGUCAAAGAGUGUUGACAAUGAAAUAGUGCUAUGGGAACCAAAAAUGAAGGAGCAAUCUCCAGGAGAGGGUACGGCUGACAUCCUUCAAAAGUAUCCUGUCCCAGAGUGUGACAUUUGGUUCAUCAAAUUCUCUUGUGACUUUCAUUACAAUGCUGCUGCUAUAGGGAAUAGAGAAGGAAAGAUUUACGUCUGGGAACUGCAAAGUAGCCCUCCUGUUCUCAUUGCCAGGCUAUCUCAUGCACAGUCAAAGUCUCCAAUAAGACAGACUGCCACGUCUUUCGAUGGAAGCACCAUUCUCAGUUGUUGUGAGGACGGGACAAUAUGGCGCUGGGAUGCUGUCCCAACCGACUAGUUAAUCCCAGUAUGUCUGCCAGAUGAAAUAUUAUCGAAGCAGUUAUUUUCUCUGUUCAACUAGUGAUUAAUAGGAAGAUGUUGUCUUCAAGCUAAUGCAUUAUUCUCAUCGGGUAACCUGUUGGAAAAAAAUGCUUUCUAAUGUUCAGGGAGUAAAUUAAAGCUGCAUAUUAUCAGGUUUGCAGCAUCUCAGGAAUUGAGUAAAAGCUUAUAUAUUUCCAGAAACAUCGACAACCAUAACAGUAAUUUAGAAAAAUUCAUAGCA